AUGGUGUGGUCGAUCCAAGUCCACUGGGCGCUGGGUCUGGGAAUCCACGUCCGCGAGAAUGCCACCCUCACCGUCGGCCGCGUUGUUUGUUCCACCGGCACCGCCAACAUAGGCGUCGUCGGCCUCGAGAUCACCGUGCAAGGCAACAGCGUGCUCUACGACUCGAAACGGCGGUUCGUGUGGCAGAACUUCGACCACCCCACCGACACGCUUAUGGUAGGCCAGUCCCUGCGCGUCGGUGGCAGCGCGUUCGAUGGCAACUUGGGCAAGUACAGCCUCGUCAUGGAAUCGCACGGGCUGGCUUUGUACAUCAACGGCGUCACCACUAACCCGCUCCCUUACUACUACUACUCCGACGGCAUGUUUGGAAUCGCCAAGAGGCUAACUCAUCCGCCUAUCGUUUUUCCGGGAGCCGACGGCAACCUGGCGACCGGGACUGGGGCCUGGGAGACGACCUUCGCCUUCUUCUCCAACGAGAUCGAGACGCUGAGCGCGUGCGCGCUGCCGAGCAGGUACGGCGACUUCGGGGUCUGCGAGAACGAGAUGUGCGUGUCUUACCCCUCACGGAAGGGAUUGCGGGGGUGGAGCAGGAGCUGUGCGGGGCCAAAGCUGGGCGACUGCAGCAAGGAUGUGGACUACUACGAGGAGGGGAGGGGGACGGUGGAGCUGCAGGAAUGA